CUGUCUAGGCAUUUAGGUUCAGAUCAAAAUCAAGUUGAUGUAUGUGAAUUAGUACAAAGUUGUGAUAUAGGUGCAACUGCUUCUGGUAUCGGUCUUGGGAUUCCUGGUGCCAGUAGCAAUAUCCCUGGUAGUAGUCUACUGACAAUCGGUGGGCAGCCUGCUACAUUUGGACCUAAUUCAGUAGCAAAUGCAUUAAAUCCUUAUACUGCGGCAGGUGUACCUGCUACCAAUAAUCCUUUAUUCAGUGCCUCAGGAAAUGGAAAAUUUGCAUAUUCCACCACACCCGGAAUAUUGUACGAUGGCUUACUGAAAAAUUAUCCAUUACCAAGCACACUUCAUGAGCAGUGGAAAACGCAAAAUCAGUAUUAUACUUUCCAUCCACGUGCGUUACGUCGUGAACCUUCAACAACUGAAGAAAAACCAAGCGUUCUGGAAAUGGAACAUAAUUACUUGUUGAAACAUCGGGUUCAACCAUGGCCACAAGCAGCUCAAAAUUCCCGAGCCAGAUUUGAGCAUUAUCUUCGAAGUCAUACUGAUGAUCGAUCAGGACGAUUUGUAGCAAAUUUCCCCGCUCGGACACCGAAUCCUUUAUCAGUACCUGUUGCACGUAUACGUAGUGAAGAAAUUUGUAGUACUAGAAGUGAACCUGACCUUCGACCUAUGGCACUUGAUGACUUUUUUUCUUGCAGGUGGUUUGUGGCUUUAUUUGAUUAUUCACAUCACAUGAGCCCAAAUGCAAAUGCCGAACAAGAAGAAUUAUCAUUUCGAAAGCACCAACUUAUUAAGGUUUUUGGUGAUGUCGAUCAGGAUGGUUUUUAUACUGGGCAAAUUGGUCAUAGAAUUGGAUUGGUACCAUCCAACAUGGUAAUUGAAAUAGCAAAAGAUGAUUUAAUGCCACCACCAAGACGACGAUCAGAUGCUGCAGCACCGUUGGAACCGUCACUGAGACGAAUGCGAUGGGGUUCAUUAAAAUCAAGAAGUUAUGAUCAUGCUGGAGAUCGCCGACCACCACGUUAUAGGAUGUUAACGAUGGAAAGUGGUGAUCAGUAUUCAUCAAUGGAUCGACGUGAUCAUUCUUUACCUAAUAGACCAGGUGAUUACUUUUCACCACCAUCAUUUAGACGUAAUAUUGUGGGUGAUUAUGGACCAGUAUCGACAAGAAGUGAAUAUGCUGGAAGAGGUGCAAGUGGUGAUGAACAUGACAUGUAUCUUCCGUCAAAUGGAAGACAUCAACGAGAUUAUUAUGGUUACUCACGUGAGCACAGAUCACGUGAUACAGCAGAACGAGAUCGCAGGGAUUAUUAUGUUGAUGAAAGAGAUUUAGUAGAACGUGAAAGACAAGAAUUGUACGAAUCAGAAGGAUCUCGAGAUCUAAGAGAACGAGAUUUGCGCGGUGGUUACCGUGAUGUACGUGAAAAUCGAGAAACAAGAGAUUUUCGAGAUUUUCGAGAUGCAAAAUACCAACGUGAACAAAGUUUGGGAAGACGAGAACGGGAUUAUGCUGAUGAACAUGUUGAUCACAGGAUACGAGAUUAUAGAGAUACGCGUGAAUACAGGGAACCUCGGGAAAUGGGUGAUUUCAGAGAUAUGAGAAAGGAACGCGAACGUGAAGCAGAACAAAUUGCUAAAGACCCAAGGAGUUAUGAUAGAAGGAUGGAUUACGGUAGAUUAGAAAAAGCUCCUGUUCCGAUGCGGGAAUACGGUAUGCCGAGUGGUGGUGCUCAACCGUAUUACCCGCCUGAAAACAUUGCAUCUGUCGAGGAUUUAAGGCAUGGAAGAAUAAACGGUGAUAUAAUAGUACGGAAAUUUAUUGCUAAAUUUGAUUACGAUUCCCGUCAACUUAGUCCAAAUGUUGAUGCUGAACAAGUUGAGUUAUCCUUCCAUGCCGGAGAUGUUAUUACAGUAUACGGUGAAAUGGAUGAGGAUGGCUUUUUUAUGGGUGAACUGAAUGGUAUUCGUGGUCUAGUACCAUCGAAUUUCCUGCAAGCUUCAGCACCGAAUUCUUUGAUGCCUUCUCACAUGCCUUCUCAGCAAUUACAACAACAACAAUCCUCAGAAGCAGUGCCUUCUAUCACAAUUCCUGUUCCAGAUCAACAAACCAAACCAAAAGGUGUUGCCUUCCAGGAAAAUUCCAAAAAGCCAUUACUAGGAAGGCAAAGUAGCCAGAUAUCAUCAGCAACUAAAGCUGCCUCACAAAUGUCCAUGAAGUCAAAAACUGGAGCCACAUUCUCUAGCCAAAAAUCACUGGUGAAGAAGCAAGCUGAAGCUGGUUCUAAGUCUUCAAUAAGUCCCAGAAAACCAUCUCAACCUAAUAAAAAAGAAACUGGCUCUAAGUUUAAAGGUGUCUUCGUAAGAUACCCUCUGCAUUUGUUAAUAUUGCAUUGAAU